AUGUCUACUAAAACUUGUGCAGGCUGCUUUAAUGCUUUAAAAAUUAAGGAUAGUUUGAAGUGUUCAAAAUGCCACAAAAAUUACGAUACACUAUGUGCUAAUAUUAAUGACGGUCAUUCGAGAGCUUUGAGUACUGAGCAGAAAAAUGCUUGGAAAUGUCCAGAUUGCAUGAAUAAAAUACCUAAAGGUAACAAUACUAAUACUCCUUUACGUCCGCCUCAAUCGGACAUUACACUCUCUCACAAUACGAGCUCUCCGUCUUGCACCAACGUAACACUGCGUAACAAACGCUGUACUAAUAGUACUCAAGCUUUAUCGAGUGACGAAAAUAUUUUUGAGAUAUCUAGAGCCGACUUAAAGGAAUUAAUCAGACAUGAAAUAAAAAAUGCUGUUCAUGAAGCCUUAGCUGAUCAACUUAAAGGAAUGAAUGAUUUAUUAUCUAGCUUUCAGCAAUCUCUCUCAUUUUUCAAUGAUCAAUUCGAAACUAUGAAGUCGUCUUUAUUAGAAAAAUCAGUAAAAAUACAAGAACUCGAAAAACCGAUUCCGGCUACGGCGGCCAAUCUCAUUGAGAUUAGCCAACUGCGCAGGAGAUAUUAUAGUGCUCAAGUGUACGCGCAGACACAAGUGCACUCUCUAUUCCUAUCACUUUCAUACUCCGGUGGGACGACCACUCGACACGACCGG